AUGGGUGGAUUGGAUUGUUUGAUGGGUGGAUUGGAUUGUGUGAUGGGUGGAUUGGAUUGUGUGAUGGGUGGAUUGGAUUCCAACCAGACCAUAUUCCAUAAUCGGAAACUUUGUGUAUCGGAAUUUUUGCGCAAUAAUUGCAACGGAGAGCCACUUUCGCUGUUGUUGCAGGCGGUGGUGACGCGGUGGCGCGCCGACCCGUGGGCGCGGGGCGCGUCCUCGUUCGCGGCGGCCGGGGUGGGCGAGGAGGCGGCGGAGGCGGCCCGCGAAGCCCUCGCCGCGCCCGUGGCCGCCCCCGGCCCAGGCCCAGACCCAGCGGCCCCGGCCCCGGCCCCGGUCCCGCGGCUGUUCUUCGCGGGCGAGCACACGAGCGCGCGCCACCCGGCGACGGUGCACGGCGCGCUGCUCAGCGGCCUCCGCGAGGCGGCGCGCGUCGUCUCGCUCCUCGGCGGCCCCGCCCCCGCCCCCGCCGCCAUGGGCUAA